UCUCGCGCCGGUCGCCGUGUGCCAGUCGUGUGUACGUGUUGGCGCGUGUUGCGCGUGCCUCGUGUGCCCUGCUCGCGAGAGGGUCCGCGCGUGCGAGGUUCUAAGAUGUGACGGGCCGAGGAUGGCCGAGAAUUGACCGCGAGGCAGCCGAAGCGCGGGCGUCGCAGGUCGGAGCGUGCCCGGGUGGGCGCCGAGUGCGCCGCGAGGCCGCCAGGUGGUGCCACCGCCGGGGCCAGCCAGGAGCGAGUACCGCCAGGGAAAUGCCGGCGCCGUCGGGCCCCAGGGCCGCCGUCGCCGACUCGCCGAGGAGAAGAGCCACGUUGUCGCCCCCGCGCGGACGCCGCGACGCCCAGGGCCCCGGAACGCCCUUCUGAGGGUGCAUCGCUCCGCGGAGACCGAGCAGAGCCCCGCAGCGCCCGGGACGAGGACCCGAUUUUAGGUUAGGUCGCCGGCACCAUAACCUCGCCAAGGCGGUGGGCCGCCUCGGUGGACGCCAAGGAGGAGACCGCCCGGCCGGAGCCGACGUUGCCGACGCUUACGCCGGAGCGUCGCUCGGCCGGAGCACCUCACCCCGGCAUUCGCUUCGUCGGCGGAACGCUGCGAUGGAAUGAGCCUCUGGAUGGUGGGACAAUGAAGGCCAAUGGGACUAACAAUGGUCGAUGUGUUUUUCAGGCUGUAGCCGCCUAAGUACGCCAUUGGCAGCCACUACCACCCUGGAGGACCCGGGUACUCCCGCCUCCUGGAAGGGCCCUCCGCCCGGCUCGGAGGCUUCGCCGUUUACUCCCAAUUCAGUUGGUCAGGGCGGGGGCCCUGGUUCCGGUCCUUAUAACAGUACGGGAGGUCCUCCAAGCAACACGGGAGGCUUCCAAGGUCCCAGCCCGUUCCCCGGAGGAGCGGGAAGUCCUGCAGGGGCUCCGCCUUAUCAAGGACCUCCGCCAGGGUCUGCGACUCCUCAGUACACCGCGUCCCCUGCCCCGAGUGGAUCCUCCACUCCGGGCCCAGGCCCACCACCGAACUCUGCUGGUUUUCCACCACCACCUAAUAGUUCCGGUCCCCCGUACAAUGGACCUGGACCGAGUCCUUUUGGCUCCCCUUCGGGUGGACCGCCACAGUUCGUCGGAAGGCCCAGCUCCUCCGGACCGCCGUUUGUGCCGUCUGGAGGUGGAAACCCUCACUUCCCUUCACCUGGACAACCGUUUGGCGGACCUCAGUAUGGGAUGCCACCUGGAAGCCCGUUCGGCCCUGGUGGACAUCCCAUGGCGGGGCCCAUCGGACCUGGACAUCCUGCGAUGAUGGGACCUGGUGGUUCGGUCGACCGGAUGGAUCAAGGAUCGUUACCUGUCCCCAGGAGGCACACACCUUACUUCGGCCAACCGGACUACAGGUUCUACGAGCUGAACAAGAGGUUACAGCAGCGUACGGAGGAGAGCGACAACCUUUGGUGGGAUGCGUUCGCGACUGAAUUUUUUGAAGAUGACGCCACUCUCACCCUCACCUUUUGCUUAGAAGACGGACCCAAGAGAUAUACGAUAGGAAGGACGUUGAUACCAAGGUACUUCCGUUCGAUAUUCGAGGGCGGAGUAACGGAGCUUUACUACAACAUGAAGCACCCGAAGGAGUCCUUUCACAACACCAGCAUAACCCUAGACUGUGAUCAAUGCGUAAUGGUCACGCAUCACGGGAAGCCGAUGUUCACGAAGGUGUGCACGGAAGCCAGGCUAAUACUGGAGUUCACCUUCGACGAUCUCAUGAGGAUAAAGUCGUGGCACAUGUCGGUCAGGGCGCAUCGGGAGCUGGUGCCCAGGUCCAUGGUGGGCAUCCAUACCGCCCAGCAGGAUCCGUCGAUGCUCGAACAGCUCAGCAAGAACAUCACGAGGCAGGGCAUUACCAAUUCCACCCUCAAUUACCUUAGGUUAUGCGUGAUCCUGGAGCCGAUGCAGGAACUGAUGUCGAGGCACAAGGCGUACGCCUUGUCGCCGCGCGAUUGCCUGAAGACGACGUUGUUCCAGAAGUGGCAGAGGAUGAUUGCCCCGCCGGGUAAGAGAGACGCCCAGAGGCCGCAGAACAAGAGAAGAAAGCGGAAAGGAAGCGCCUCGGGUGCGGGGAACAACGCCCCACCGGUGCCCAGUAAAAAGAGAUCACCUGGACCGAACUUCUCCUUGGCGUCCCAGGAUGUCAUGGUCGUCGGUGAGCCGUCCCUGAUGGGAGGCGAGUUCGGUGACGAGGACGAGCGACUGAUCACGCGGCUAGAGAACACGCAAUACGACGCCGCUAAUAGUCUGGAUCCUCAUAGUCACGACGCCUCCGGUGGACCUCCACCCCAUCCUCACCAGUUCCACUCCGAGCCGACCCCGGGCAACUCCUGGCCACCCGACCGUGGUCCUGGACCCCCACAGGGAGGGCCUGGCAGUCAGGGAGUGCAAGGCUCUCAGGGCGGCGCGGGUGCCGGUGUACAGGGGUCGCAGGACGCGAGCCAGCAGCAGCAAGACAAGAAGAGCCCCGCGGUGAGCCAGUGAGGCCAGGAGUCCCCGCGCCCCCCCACCAGGGGGCGACGGGGGCGCAGGCCCAAGAACGUGGCUCCCUAGCGGGGCGAGAACCUGAACCUCCUGGCGUCGCCCUACCUGGCCACCUUGUCGUCCCACGUCGGCGCGCUCCCUCUCGGCCCGGCCGAGCACCAGGCCCACGCGGGCCCCUCUUCCAUGGGGAUGGAACCCCUAGAGCCGAUGCUGACGCCUGCUCAGCCUACUGGUGGGGGCUUGACGCAGCCGAUCCAGCAGCCGCAGCCCCAGGGCCAGGACCCUCUCCAGAGCCUGGUGCAGCAGCUCUUCUACCUGCAGCAGCUCGAGUACCUCCUGGUGCAGCGCGGCCACAUCUGAGCGGAGUCGGAAGAGGGAGAGAGAAAGCGACCUAAAAGGAGCACGGAGAACGAGGGGGGAAGAGAGGACCCUCCGUCUUCGGUUUCCUGGGGCCGAGGCGACCGGUCUUCCCCUGGAGCGGACCAAUGACGCGCCCGGGGAAUCCAAGACGGCGGACAGCCAAGAUGGUGGAGAUCCAAGACGCGAGACGCCGCGCUGCCAGGGACGCAAGCACGGAGACGAGGACGGCGACGGGGAGACUCCUCUUCGCGCAGUACCCUUGGAGUCCUGGAGACGUCCUUCGGGGGCUCGUUUUAUCUCCUCGAGGGAUCUUGAUCCGUCUGCCCGGUGGACUCUCGAGCGCCGAGACGCGCAUGCGCGCCGCGGACCGGGGGCGGUUUUGUGUCGCGGCCGCCGCCGAGGGCGCCACUGGCGCGUGUGAUAUACUUGGGACGGGGGAUGAGCCGCGGCGAAGAGGAGAUUUUUAGAGGAACGCGUGAUCCGCGAGUCGAUUCGUCACGCCGAGAGACGCUCACCUUUGGAUAACACGCGACAGGGACGAUAUCGGUACCCGCUCUGACGCGAGCUGUGAAUGAAUCUCUAUCCGUCAACAGUAUUGAUAUAAUUAUAGAGUAAAUGAAUAUAAUAUUGUAAGAGAUCUAGCGUUAAGUACGUAUUGUGCAAACGUGUGUAAGAGGGGUGCGCGGUGUGCCAGGGAGAGAAAGGGAGCUUGAAUGAACGUGGCGAACGGGGUUGAGAGAAAGAGAGAGAGAGGGUGACGAUGGAGCGACGAAGGGAGGGGCCGGGGAUUCGAUGUUUUAGUACGCGACUCUGACGAUUAUUCUUUUCCUUUUUUCGAGGUAUUUAUUCGGCAGGAAAGGGGCCAGAAAGACGAGCUCUCGAGACCGGAAGCUUCCUUCCGAGGGGAACCGUUCGACCGUUCCCUGUUUCGCUGGACCGUAGUCAAGAUAAGAAGCACUCGGCAAAUAAGAGAGGCGUGACUAAUCGCGGAGAGAUGGUACUUUGCGAUGCUUGAAAAUAUUUAUUACCGUUCAUUUACCUGGGGGAAAGGGUUUGACCCGGAAGUCUGUGUAUUGUCAUCAUUUUUCGGGGUUGAACUUCUCGACGGGAAAUGCGGAACUUUCGGGGCUGGUAGUAAAUGGGGAAUUGUACAAUUAUUUCUGUUACUCUUAUCGUGAAUGCAAUAGUUGACAAAGUGAUCAUUCAAGAUCCUUCAACCUUCGUAAAUCAAACGGUUUACCUGGUUUUUAAUUAUAAUCUUGCAUCGUUUUUCGCAAAGACUGGUCGUUGAAUUUCGUAUUACUCUCAGUCUAUGUUAAGAUCCUUGAAAUUCGAGAUUAAAAUUAAUUCGACAAUCUUGUAAUACUUUCCACGUAUUUAAAGGCUUAUUUGAAGUUAGCUUUCAAUUACGUCGAAUUAAGAUUUCGGAGAGAAGACCGUGGGAACCUUGAGUCGCUCCUCUUCCCGAAGUCUUAAUAAUGUAUAUACCGAACCAAAAGUCUCGAAUUCUGCCAAUUCCAAAUAAGUCCUGAAAUACUGUAAAAUAUUUAAAAAAAAACCGACUCCUCGGAACUUAAUAUCAUUUCUCCUGGCAACCUGACUCCCCGAACAUCGUCGAGGGUCUGAUAGAACCUCGUCGGUUCGUGCUAAUUGAAGAUUGUUCGUCGCAACAUUGUCGAGGUAUUCGGCAGCGCCGCGACGCUCUCUCUUUCUCCUCUACGGGAAUUCCCGAGGGAAAUCUUGCGGGGCUCUUGCGCGACACACGAACCUUCCGUCAAACGUUUCGCUCAGAGGUGGAAUCGAAUGCGAUAAUCCGUUCGUUGUCCAUAAAUGUACAAAGGAGAGAGCAGCCAUUAAGUGCAGAGCUCUCUCGACCCGGCUUCGAGUUUUCCCGAAUUGUUCAGGUUCACCCCGCAAACGCAAUUCCCGUAGAAUCCUCUCUUGAGUUACUUGACAAUCAUGCUCUUUCCCCCCUCGCUUCCCAUUUCUCUCUCUUUCUUUUCCCUCCUACUUUCUUCCUCUUUCCGUACCGUGCCCGGGGAAACAACGUCGUAACACAUUUUCGCAAUUCCCGACGAGAGAAAUUAGAAUCCCACGGCGCAGAUUGCUCGGAACGGACGUGUUCCUUUUUUUUUUUUUUUUCAUUAAUUAAUCAACUUGCCGAGAAGAAAUCCAUUUUUUGUGGGCCCUUACAAUGGCCCACCGACCCUGCGAAUCAAUUUAUUACCCGCCGGGUAAAUUUCUUUUUGUUUACCGGCGAGCGAAGGGCGACCUGCCCUCUGAAUUAUACAAGAUAUGUGUUCUCUUCCAUUUUUGCGGGGAAACGAAAUACCACACACUCGAUGGGAGGAUAUAACGUUUCGCAAACCGCCGUGGAAAACCGCGAGUACUUUUACCAAUCAUGUUAAGCAUAUCCAAUUAAUCGAAGGGGGAUACAAAUUAAGAUGCGACUUUCCGCUAAGUCCCUAAUUCUAAAAGCGAGGAAAAGGAAAGAAUUUCACGCUCGCCAUUUCCUACCGAGGAGCGCACUUCGUUUGCUGAUUUUUCCAACGCGAAGAGGGCUCGCAACUUAUACAACUAUUAUUUAUAAUGCUGGACAAAGAAGGAUUUUCACCGAUGACUUCCUGAUCGUUCGGGAGGAGCGAUGCAAGUGUUCCUUUAAAAUUGUUCUUCGUUCGGCUAUAACAAUCGGAAUGUAGAAUAUAUUAUUCAACGACGCCGUUUCGCGGAAUCAUCCUUAAUUAUUGUAACUAAAUUCGCACACGUCUACGUUUGGCAGAUUUGACAAGACAGACCUGAAAGGUUCACGGUUGAGCACAAGUGACGGUGUAUGGGGAUUACACGCGUGUACGCGCGAAAAUUACGCGAAUUAGUUUCUUAAGCCACGUGCGCGAGCGAGAAAGAAGAAUGUACGCGUGUGUGGGUGGGUGGGUGUAAACGAGAGUGACAGGGAGAGAGAGAGAGAAACGAGAGCUUCAGCGAUUUCGCAUAGGUGCGUGUAUGAUAAGGAGAGAAAAUGCGAAAAAGAGAGCGAAAGAGAGAGAAAGUGUCCGUGGUGAGUUCUACGCGCGAAUGUGUACGGUGGGUUUUAGGAUAAAAUGAUCUAUUGACAAAUGUUGUAUAUUAUUACGAAUUAUAAUGACACUAUUAUAAUUAAUUAAUUAUUAUACCAUAAUAAUGUGAAUUGAAUUUAAACAAAAAAAUACAUAAAUGAUAAGUAAUAGGAACAAUUUUUAAUUGUUAGCGAAGCACACGGAUCGCCGCGGUAGAGAGGGACUGCUUGAUAAGGAUGUUUAUGAGCGAGAUGAAAAAGAUAACGGGGACGUAUUUCUUUCUUUCGUUUCUUAACAUGAUGCACGAUCGAAGGGAGACUUUUAAGGGAAUUCUUGACGACCGUCUUGUACUCCUGCCCGCGGGGAGAAUACCAAAAAACCUUUUAUGCACUGUAAAAGAAUUCCACGGUGUGGAUUUGGAGGAUUCACUAGACAACGUGGAUCGAUGAAAACCACGCCUGAUCCGAUCGAUCGAUUUAACGUCGUGCAAGUUCACACCGGCUGGCUCGAGGUAGAAUUUUUUUACAGUACUGUGUAGUAAUAGACUUUGGUAUUACUUGGAGGAUCUAUGAGACCGUCGUAAAGGCUCGUUUAACGCGACCCGACGUCCUGUACAAUUUUCACGACGGCUCCAGGGUUUCCUAGCUUUUGACCAAUCACCGGACGAGUUCUGGCGACGUCGUGGAAAAAUUGUACAGGGCGUUACAUUGUAUAGAAGAAGAAGAAGAAGAAGAAAAAAAACGAAAAUGAAAGGGGGCUUGCAAUCGACGUUAAUUGUGCACCCGUCUAGGAGCCGAUCCGCGCGGUCGAACGACGACUAAUUGACUUAGGGUUUAGCAGUUUUCGAAUUUGUAAUUUACUUGACUUAUUGAUUAAUCGCCGGGAUAAUGUACAGCUCGAGGGCGCCGAUCGGCUAAUGGGCGGGCUUUUUGAAAAUCGCUCAUGUUCAUCGAGGAGACGAAUCGAUCGUUGGCAUGGUCGCGCGAAUCCGCGGCGAAUCUUGCCUGCAUUACAGCGAGUUUAGUCUUUGCCAAUGGUCGAUUUGCAAGUAGCGAUAGCUGCUGAGUCGAGGAAUAAAAUCUUGUCGACGUUGAUUUUUUGUCCAGGCGAGGUGAUGUUGUAUAGAGGGUCUUCCCAGGAUGCAUGGUCUCCACGCGAUGCAUCUGUACAUCCCUCCUCUGCGUCGCGCAUCGCUCGAGAACGUAGCCUAAGGGUCGUCUCAGACAUAUCCGUGACGUUUCCGUGCACUGAUGGAAAUAACGUAUCUUUCUUUAGACUCAUAUGACAUUGUUCAUACAUUUCUGUAGCGGUAUCUGUAUUCGUUGUAUGAGGUCGAGGAAUAAGUUCCCGCCGAUUACCUUACGUUAAAAAAUUCUAUUUCUCGUACUAACGACGGGAUAAGAUGCUGACGCUGUGACGGAAAUCACUCAUUUCUACUUAUCGGCUCUUCCAAAAGUGCCUUUUGCUUUUGUAAUUCCAUAUUCGGUAUUUUCUGACAGUAGAAAGACCUUUGAGUCAUCUGGAAGCGUUGAUGGGAUUCGGUUUCACCUGUUGGCUCUUUGAUGUUGCGAAUUCGCGUUCUAUGUUUCUCAUUUACUAAUUUCAUGACUUCUUUUUUUGUUGUGAAGUACCUUCCCACUCGUAUGAAAUUAGUGCAAUUACUGGGGGUUCCUCGGGGGGGAAAAUUAAUUUUUCUUCGUGUCUCGAGGGUCAUGUCUCCAUGACACUGAAGGGAAGUCGUAGCAGAGGGUGAAUACUCUGGACGGAUAUGCACGGAUACGUAACGGACGUGGCAUGGAUAUGUUUGAACCGGCCUUAAAACAACGGAAAUGAAUUUACAGUUGUACGAGCCGUAUAUCUACAUGAAUGAGCGUGGUUGGCCCCCUCAGGUGUUCGUACACCUUGCGAGCCAAAGCCUUGCUUUUCGAGCGAGGGGAUAUUCACUCGGAAAUCAGUCGAGACAAUGUCUUUCUUUGCGAACCAAUUGCAAUUGAUUAAAACAAUAAACGUUAGUAACACGUGAAGUUCAGCGUAAAAGCAUCGCAGCAAAACUAGUAAAGGUAAAAUUCAAUAGGUAUUUUACUUUACAAAAUUCAUACGUGAUGUAAAUUACAUGAAUAUGGGACUUCAUGCUUCCUCAUACUUCCUUUAAGUAUUUUAUGUAAAAAACCUCGAAUGUCGCGUACAGCCCUGACGAGUGUCCUUUCUCCGUAUAGUUGCGAAUAAUUUAAAUGCAUUACAUUACAGGUUCUAGAGAUUUACAGCUGACUUAUAAGUAAUGUUUAACGGUAAAAAGAUUGAUUUCGUGAGUGAAUAGCCCCUUCGAAUCCGAGCGUUGUGGGAGGUCCGACUGUAUACUCGAGCAGCGUCGCGGCUGUAGAUAGAAAUUAUCUGGAACCACCACCACGAACCUUCAACUGAGUUUAACGUUUCCUUCGUUACGAGACCUCGUUCGUGUUUUUUGUACAAAAUGGAGUGUUAGCCACUUUCGAAGGUGUGCACCCUUCGAAGGUGGGCAUGGUAGGGCGAGAUCUGGUCCAGAAGUCUUCGACCAUAUAUACGUGGACGCGGCACUCCCUGUAAAGGACAAUUGUGCUUAAUGAGGUUUAUACUGUAAAAAAGGUUAUUGUAAAAAACUAGCAAUGUUUACCGGCUCCGUGGCACGAACGACGCGUCGAGUAGGCAUCGAAAAUCCGACUAGUCGAUAUUCCUUCUUGUUUUCUUUUUUCUUUCUUUUCUUUUCUCCUCUUUUCUUCCUCGGUUGGACCGAUUUUAUUUCCAUCCUCGGGACUUUGUUCGAUCCUCACGUUUUCGCCACCUUCGCGGUAUCUUUUGUCAGUGAAACCAACAUUGUCAUGCGGACGCCCGACGUGCGGUUGUAAUUUUUAGACUCGGAAGGGAAAUUGUCUAGGAUGCACACCUUUUUCGAUGUAUUUUCCGUUACGAUAAUCACUUUUACGCACCUAAGUAUACAGUGAAUAAAACAUUGUUUACGAAUAUCGACGCCAGUGUGCUUCAUCAUUUAACGCAAACGGAGAUAAUUGUUUUGCGCAAAUUUUCGUACACGCUUUGGGCACGUUGUUCCUUGAAAGCGUUUAAAUGUUCAUCGGAGAGACAUUCGCUGUGUCAAGGUAAUGACAUCUUAGUAACUUCCAAGGAACCCGCGAAUGUAUUUAUUACCUUUGCCAUUACCUGUUUUAACAUCAAAAUUGUUACGAAAAUUUGCGUGUACAAUGUGUACUUAUGUUAUUAAUUGACAAGAAAUACCCUGGUGGUUAAAUCUCACGGUUCUCGUCGGAGCUCCUUCUUUCUUCGUGUAUUAAGUGCAUACAUUCUCUGAAAGAUGUUAAAUUAUGUAACUGAUUAGGUCUCCCAGAAUCCAUGCUUUUAAUAUACAAGUAAUGAAGGAAAUUUUUACGUCUUAUUGUUUGAGAUUGCUGUAUAUAGUGUUGAACGUGUUUCGAGCAUCAAUGUUGGUUUCGGUCAGCUUGCGAAAUGCUGAGUUCAUUUAUCUAUGGUCGAAGGGCGAAAUCGAAUUUCUCUCUUGGCAUCACAUUUCCUAGACAAUCGGCGCAGCUUUCAAUAAUUCCAGAUACCGCAACAUCGGAGAUACAAAGAGUUUAAUGCCAUCGAUCGACGGCGGUGAAAUUCCAUAUCUUCAUCUUGAGAACGUCGCUUUUUAAAUGUUGGAGUCGGAUGGCCUUUACUGCAGGGAUUCCCCUUAAUUCUUCCUUCGAAUUUCAGGUUGCUCUAAAUGAGAAAAAAAAAUUCGGAUCAAUCGCCGGGAAACCAUAAAAUCUUCCUGACAAACUGUAAAAAUGCGCUCCCGUGGAAAGAAGUCUUUACCCUGACCAUGAAUCUCUUCAUCGAGGUAAGCCCAAUGAAAUGAAGAGCCUAAAUAAUCACGAUCAUGUUUAAAUCAUUGAGUCCUAAUUAUAAUUACUCUCGGACGCGCUUGUAUAUAUUUAUAAUUUUACUCGUAAAAAAAAAA